UCGUAAAAAGCGGCAGAUGGUGAAAAUGGCGGCGGUGCCGGAUCCGCCGAGUGACGGGCCGAGCCCGAGUCCCGCUGUCUCCGCGGCGCCCACCUCCACCCCCACUCCCGCCCCGGCCCCCGCCGUCGCCGCUGCUUCUCCGGCGCCCUCGCCGUCGCCCAGUCCGUCGCCAACGCUGGCGGUGAAGACGGAGACGGCGGAGAGCCCGGGGGAGGGAGGCAGGCCGGCGGCGGGUCCCGGCCCCGAGCUCAACGAGCGCCAGACCCUGCUCGCCGUGCUCCAGUUUCUGAAGAAGAACCGCUUCCGCGAGGCCGAGGAGACAUUGCGGCGGGAGGCCAGCGUGCAGGAUGCGCUGGACGACGCGCUGAGGACGGCCGGUCCCCGCGGCCCCGACUCCGUGCACCAGCCCGACGUCAGCUCGGUGCUGUCCGCCUACAGCAACCAGGGAGACCCCAGCCUCUACGAGGAGUACUACAGCGGCCUGAAGGCCUUCAUCGAGGCGGCGCUGGACGCGCUGAAAGCCGAACUGGCCAGCCUGUUGUACCCGGUGUUCGUGCACCUAUACCUGGAGCUGGUCUACAACGAACACGAACGUGAGGCCCGGCACUUCUUCCAGAGGUACCAUGGAGAUCAGGAAGGUUACUACCAGGAUGACCUGCGAGUGCUGGCUGGGCUGUCCAAGAAAGAACACAUGCAGGGUAACGAGACGGUUCUAGACUUCCGGACCAGCAAGUUUGUGCUGCGCAUCUCGCGUGACUCCUACCAGUGCCUGAAACGCCACCUGCAGGAGAGGCACAACAACCAGAUCUGGAACAUUGUGCAGGAGCACCUGUUCAUCGACGUCUUUGAUGGGAUGCCCAGGAGCAAGCAGCAGAUUGAGUUAACGUCUGGAGGAAUGGCAGGCGAGGCCAAGAGGGAGGCCAAUAAAACCAAGGUGUUCUUCGGACUGUUGAAGGAGCCUGAGAUUGAGCUGCCUCUCGAUGACGAAGAUGAGGAAGGAGAAAAUGAGGAGGGGAAACCGAAGAAGAAGAAGCCGAAAAAGGACAGCCUGGGGGCGAAGAGCAAGAAGCAGGACCCCAAUGCCCCUCCACAGAACAGAAUUCCGCUUCCUGAGCUGAAAGAUUCUGACAAGCUGGACAAGAUAAUGAUAAUGAAGGAAGCUGCAAAGAGGGUGAAGCUUGGUCCAGACUGUCUACCUUCCAUCUGCUUUUACAGCUUCCUAAAUGCCUAUCAGGGUCUCACCGCAGUUGAUUUCACGGAUGAUUCCAGUCUGAUAGCGGGUGGAUUCGCUGAUUCCACCGUCAGAGUAUGGAGCAUUACGCCAAAGAAGCUGCGGAGCGUCAAAGGGGCCACAGAUCUCAGUUUAAUCGACAAAGAGUCGGAAGAUGUGCUGGAGAGGAUAAUGGACGAGAAGUCUGCCUGCGAGUUUAAAAUGUUACUAGGACAUGGUGGCCCUGUGUAUGGGACCAGCUUCAGUCCUGACAGGAAUUACCUUUUGUCCAGCUCGGAGGAUGGGACGGUGAGGCUGUGGAGUCUGCAAACCUUCACCUGCCUUGUGGGUUACAAGGGACACAACUAUCCAGUGUGGGACACACAGUUCUCUCCCUAUGGCUAUUACUUCAUUUCAGGAGGUCAUGAUCGUGUGGCACGGCUCUGGGUGACAGAUCACUAUCAACCUCUGCGAAUAUUCUCCGGUCAUCUCUCAGAUGUCACCUGCACGAGAUUUCAUCCCAACUCCAAUUAUGUCGUCACUGGAUCUGCAGACCGGACCAUCCGGCUCUGGGAUGUUCUAAAUGGCAACUGCGUCCGAAUCCUCACUGGACACAAGGGGCCAAUCCACUCGCUAGUGUUUUCUCCAAACGGCAGGUACCUGGCCUCGGGUGCCACAGACGGGCGUGUGCUGCUGUGGGAUAUUGGGCACGGGCUUCUCGUGGGAGAGCUGAAGGGUCACACCGAUACUGUCUAUGCCCUGAAGUUUAGCCGUGACGGGGAGAUUUUAGCAUCAGGGUCCAUGGAUCAUACUGUGAAAAUGUGGGAUACGGUGAAAGCCUUUGAGGACCUCGAGACGGAUGAUUUCAGCACUGCUACUGGACACAUCAACUUGACUGACAACUCGCAGGAGCUGCUGCUGGGCUCCUACAUGACCAAAUCCACGCCCGUUAUCGGCCUGCACUUCACCCGCCGUAACCUGCUACUGGCCGCAGGGGCGUACAACCCACAGUGACAGGUCCUCCUCACUGCUGGCCCAGCCCACCCCAUCAGGAAUGGAAGCUAUUCCAAUUCUUGUUCCCCGAUCCCCACGUCGUUCUCAGAAUGAACAAAGGGUGCAUAUAAUUUCACGGUAUCCGUGGCAUUCUCAUAUUUAGCCCCGUCCUCCCCUUCAGCUCAUGCCGAGGUGGUACAUUUGCGACACAUUGCCGCACCAAGAAGUUUUGCAGUAAUGUGAGUGAACAGGGUUGUUCCUUGGUGUUUUUUUUAAAAAGUUUUGAUGAAAUUUACAAUAAAAUACUGAAAUCAGA